AUGAAGGGGCGCGAUAAAAAAAAGAUUUUUUUUGGGUUUUUAAUAAUUGCAAUAGUGGCCACUAUUCUAUUGGUAUUCUUUGUAGUUAGACGUGAACAACAAAACAACAUAAUCUUUUUACCAACUAUUGUAAUUUCAAUAGAUAGUUUCAGACCAGAAUACUUAGAGAGAGGUUUAACACCAAACCUACUAAACUUUAUCAACGAUAGCUCAUUCAGAGCACAAUUUACAACUGCCCAAUUUCCAUCAAAAACAUUCCCAAACCACUAUUCAAUUGCCACUGGUUUACAUCCACAAGACCAUGGAAUAGUUUCAAAUCAUAUGUAUGACCCAGAUACUAACAAAGUUUUUAGUGCCGAAGAAGAAGACUCUUUACAUCCAUCUUGGUGGUGGGGUGAACCAAUCUGGGUAACUGCUAAAAAGUCUAAUAUCAAAACCGCAUGUUUCUUUUGGCCAGGAUGUGGUGCAAAAAUCAAAGACAAUUUACCCGACUAUAAUAUGGUACCAUUUGAUAUGAAAACAUCAACAUCAGAAGUAUUAAACCAAGUAUAUCAAUGGAGAAAAGAAGGUGGUGAAAAUAAAACAUCAUCAAUACCAACUUUAACAAUGGCAUAUAUCCAUGAAGUCGAUGACAAUGGUCACUUGUACGGCCCAGUCAGCAAAAAUGUAGAUGAAUCAAUAUCAUCAGUUGAUAAAAACAUUGGUAUUUUAAUUGACCAAUUAAAACAAUCAGGUCUUUAUGAUAAAACCAAUAUUAUUUUUGUUUCAGAUCAUGGGAUGAUCGAAAUACCAACACACAAAUAUAUCUAUAUUGAUGAUUUAACUUUGGACCCAUCUAUAUCAUCCAAAUUCUUUUCACCAGAUGCAAUUAGUAAAGGAUAUGCAGUACCAUCACCAAUUUUAUCAGUUUUUCCAAAUAACACAAAUUAUAACGAAGAAUAUCUUUACCAAGAACUUACAAAAAAUAAAAGUGAACAUGUAGAUUUUUACAAAAAAGAAGACCUCCCAAAAAAAUACAACUAUAACUCUAAAUCUAACAAUAGAAUUUCUCCAAUUUUAGGUGUUGCAAAACCAGGUUAUAGCAUAAUAUUAAAUAAAGAACUUUUGCCUAAAAAACCAAAACUAGGUAAUCAUGGUUAUGACCCAGCACACGAAGAAAUGCAUUCAAUUUUUAUUGCUCGUGGUCCAAAUAUUAAAUCAAGUGGUGCCGAAGAUAAUCAUACUACUACAACAUUAAAAACAUUUAAAAAUACUGAAAUCUAUAAUUUAUUGGCAAAACUAAUUGGUGUCGAUUCAAAACAUUUUGCCCCAAAUAAUGGAACAUCUUUAUUAAUCGAUAAAUUGUAUAAAAAUAAAUAA